UUUUCUCACCUAUAAAAGGGUUAUAAGUUUCCUUUUUUUCAAUCUUCCAACUAAAAUAGUCCUUAUUUAAGGUUGUUUUUGGCUUUUCUAUAAUUUGGUGAAGUGGUCCAUCGUAGAUGGCGACGCGUAGGGCUACACACAUCGUUCACAGACGUUGAGUACCAAAUGUUGUAAAAGUGGAAGUAAAGACAGGGGAUGUUGAGGCUGGUGAUGACAUUGAUGAGAAGCCUCCUAAAAAACAAGACAUGGAGAAGGUGGUGGAUGUACUUCUCGAUACAUGUGAUCAAAACCCACAAGAUCAAACUUCUCGAGACGAAGGGCACAUCGUGGAAGGAUGGUAGAGUGAACUAUUGUGGAGGGUGGAAAGCCAACUACCGAGCGGAUAUUCUGAAAAUAGUUUUCGUUUUUAAUUUCAUCAAAUUUGGCCGCACUCUUCUUUGUGGAGCACUAAAGUUCGAUUUCUCGGUGCGAAAAAUGGUGAAUCGUCCAGCAUUCUUCAAGUUUUACGUGCCUUGGCUUGGUGAAGAAAAUCAGAAAAUCCCUCCAAGGUUUAUUCAAUCGCUUCCAGGAAACUGGCCAAAGAAUUGGUCACUUCGUGACCGUUAUAACAAUUUGUGGAAUGUGAAAGUGGAAAUGAUUGGUGGGGAUUGGUACUUCAGAGAUGGUUGGGCAAAAUUUGCUGAUGAUAAUAAGAUAAAAGGAGGGGAUAUGUUCAUAUAUGAAUAUUUCUCUCACGGUUUACUCGACUUCAAAAUUCAUGGAGGCAAUGCUUGCUUAACUGAAGGUGCCGGAGGUCGGAUUACUCAUACACCUGAUUAUGAUCCUAUCGGUGAAGUAGACACACAUGAGAAUCAUGACGAUAAUUACGGUCAUGAUUCCCCGCCCGAAGAAGAGAAUAAUCCAAGGGAUGAUGAUAUUCAAGGGGAGCGGGUCACGGAUGGUGUGGCCAGUUCUAGCAUAGCAACCCGUCGCCGCGACUGGUACGGUGCAGAGCUCAUGAAAACCGGGUUCAUUCCACCGCCCCGGAAUCCUUAUUUCGUGACCAAAAAACGAAGAGGCAGAGUUUAUGAAUUAUAUAUACCCGUGGAUGUGAUCAAAUGCUUCAACCUGAAUCUCCCUGAGAAUGUGACGCUCAUCGACCCAAAAGGAAGGCAGUUUCCUGCCAAACGCAAGAUGUGGGCGGACCAGAGGAUUUUCUACAUUGGAGGCUGGAAAAGCCUUUGUAGUGAGAACAUGGUGGAAGACAAAGACUCGUGCAUCUGUGAGUUCUUGUAUAACGCCGACAAUCUAUGCAUCAGCGUAAGCUUCUUUCCCCCAAAAUAGCAGCAAUGCUUUAAUGGAGGAGUGGAUUAGAUUCGUAUUGAGAUCACAUUUGUAUAGUUUCAGAGGCAUUGCUAAGCAUCUGAGUUAUUCUUUGUAGUAUAUGAUUUUAGGGAGUAUUUGUUAUUCCAAUCAAUAAAAUGGUGCGAUUUUACCACCAACAGUGUUUCCAA